AUGGGGUGUUUUCAUUCUAAAAGAACAAGGAGAUGCAACGAGCUGCAUGUAACGACGACGAAUCGCAGAUGCGAAACCUCUCUGCAGCAUCUGCAGCAGCAGAAGGAGCGCAGCCUUUCACGAGCCGCAGCAGCAGCAGCAGCAAAAGCAGCAGCAGCUGCUGCAGCAGCUGUUGCUCCUGCUGCUGUUCCAGAGUCUAGCAGCAAAAAACCCUUAGCAGCCUCUCCCCCAAGUGGAACCUGCAGCGAGACGCAGCAGGGGCCUAUCGAAUCGCUUGGGUCGCCUGCAGAGACAAUUCUUUCUUUCUAUAGCCCACCAGCUUCCGUUGUGCAGGGAGAUGCUGUUAAAGGCGUUGCUGCAGCUGAAGCAGCACAAGCAGCAGCAGCGGCAGUAGCAGCAGCAGCCGCUGCUGCUGCUGCUGCGGCUGCUGCAGCAGAGCGAACAGGCAUAGAAGCAAAACCUGAAGUGCUGCGGCUAGCAGGAUGGCCAGAGGAGGAAGAGGACGAAGACGACAGCGAAAAAGACAAAGGCUUUGAAGACACACAGAAGGAGUUGCAGCUCUGCUUGAGGCAGCAGCAGCAAACUCCAGGUGUAUGUACACCCCACGGCCAGCAGAAUUCGUGUCCCCCAGGCCACCAGCAGCAACAGCAGCAGCAACAACAACAGCAGCAGCAGCAGCAAAAGCAGCAGCAGCGGCAAAGACAAACGGAUAUCAUCAUCCCUAUGCGCAGCAACGACUUCUAUUCCUAUCGACAUUCCAGUCGCACCUCUUCACCCUGUAGCGGCAAGCAGCAGCAGCAGCAGCAGCGGCAUCAGCAGAAGGUGCAGCAGCAGCUGCAGCAGCACCUGCAGCACCGGGAUAAGAAAGGCCUUUCGGUGGAGACCCUCGCCUGCGUACGCAGGGGAUUCGAUGCAUGCAUUCUAAGAGAUACACACGCAGCAGAACAAGAGCUGCACAAAGCAGAAGACCUUCUUGCUGCUCUCCGCUGCGGCCGAGCCCGCGAACCCACCAGCUUUGGCUGGGCGAGCCGCAGCAGCAACCGCAGCAACCGCAGCAGCAGCAACAGCAGCGGCAGCAGACUGGAUUCGAUAGAGUUAGACAUUGAGCGCCGCAUCUCUAAUCUAAGAUUUCGGUUGACUCUCCAAACAUCUGCAGGGCAGCCGCUGGAAGCAGCAGCAGCAGCACCUGCUGCUGCUGCUACUGCUGCUGCUAAUAUUGACACUGCAGCUGCUGCAAAGGCUAAAGCUGCUGCAGCACUGCAGCAAUUAACAUUGAUGCUACUGCUGCUAAUGCUGCGGGCAGCAGCAGCAGCAAUGCAGCAGCAGCAGGAGUCCCUGCAGCAGCAGAGCAUGCAGCAGCAGAGGCAGCAGCAGCAACAGCAAAAACUAGCAGCAACAGACAAAUCAGCAAAAGCAGCAGAUACUGCAGCGGAAGCAGCAAAUGGGGUGGGGGGCAGCAAAACAAGCAGCAGCAGCAGCAGUAGUAGUAGCCACAGACGCAGCAUUAGACGCACCAGCAGCAGCAACAACCAUAACAGCGGAAGCAGCAGCAGCAACAACAGCAGAAGCACCAGCAGGAACGGAGAAGCAGCAGCAGCAGCAGCAAACGGAAGCCAAAGGUUAUUUUUCAAUGGUAAGGAAGACAAUGCAACAGCAGCAAAGAAUAGCGUUGCGCAGCAGAUGCAGCAAUCCAGCAGCAGCAGCAGCAAGCAGCAGCAGCAGCAGCAAGCAGAAGCAGCAGCAGCAACUAACUGCUUCUCUCCAGACGCGGCGGGGCUGGGAGACCGACGAAGCAGCAGAGAAAAAUAG